UAUUUUCCAGUGAACUGUUCGUAAACGUCGCGGAAGAUCUCCUGAGUGGAAAUAAUUCUUAUCAGCCAUGGUCAACAAAGCGCACCCUCCAGAGUUGAAGAAGUACCUCGACAAGCAGAUCACCGUGAAGUUGAACGCUGCUCGAAUAGUGCAAGGAGUUCUUCGUGGAUUCGAUCCAUUCAUGAACUUGGUGUUAGAUGAUGGCUUCGAGCUAUCUAAGGACGGCCAAAGAAACAAAAUCGGGAUGAUCAUGAAUUACGAUCGUCGUGGAGGUGCGGGCUAUUCUCCACGUGGUUUUCGUGGUUCACCAAUGGGCCCUCCGCGAGGCUCUCCCAAUUUUUCGCCGUCACCCAGGUUCAAUUCGGGUAGCCGUGGUGGUUCACCCGCAUAUUUUCCCUACGGAUCCUCACCACGUCAUCGUACCCCUCCGUUUACACCUCGGUUUUCCCCUCGGUUUCCGUAUCGUGGCAGGUCCGGCGGGGGUUCAUCAGGGAGGGGGUACAACUCAAGCUACCGCGAUUCUCGCAACACUGAAGUUUUGCGGAGGAUUGAUCAUGUGGACGCUCAAAGUUAUUUCCACCCAGCCAUGCUGGAAGAUCCAUGGUCUGCUUUCGUGACUUCUGAGAAGCGAGCUGAUGUCUCCAGUGAAGACCAUGGUCCGGAUGCUGGAGAUGUUCAAGCUUUGGAAGAUGAUACUCCGUCACGACAGGAUUGAUGUUUUUCUAUUAUUGUGAUAAACGUGUUUUUUAUGCCAAUUG